AGUCUGAGUUGUAAUUGCUACUAAAUGCCACUGGAAGAAGGUGUUCCAUCCCUAUAGGACAUAGGUUGUUAAUAACAAGCCGAGGCAGUAGCUCGAUAUUUACCAUUAUAAUAAGUAACAUAAAUAAGUGCUAGCUUGCAACUCGAAAGCAAAAAGCAACCUCGGCUACAAUCUAAAUUCGAAUUAUACACAGUAUACUAGUUAUUUGCACCACAACAUCUGUAUUUUUCGAAUUGGCACAUCUUUUGAACUUCUCCUAGAACAUCAAUGCCAAGGUCACAUCACAUAAUUUGAUCUCUCCGAUGACGGUAAGAGAAUAACCUUGAAAUCAAGAUUGAAAUCAAGUUCUCGCCCAAAUAAUACAGACAUUUUUUAUACUUUAUAUUGUAUAAGCAACGAUAACUAUUUAAUUAUAAUUGUAUGGUUAGCACCCAAAUGAAACUGUAUUACAAUAUUUUGCAAUAAUAUUGUUCUUAUAUUGAGGUUAUAACUCGAGGGUUAUCACGUUAUUCGGAAUUGACCCAAAUAUCAAUUAAACCGCCAAUUAUCUGUUUUAUUAUUAUUGACCCGUUACGAUUAGACUUUCUUGGAAUCCUGAAUUAAAAACAAAUCUAUUUGCAUCAAAAAUAAUACAAACAUUAUCAUAAAUAAUUUUAAAGUAUUACUAUUUCUAAAAUUAAAAGAAUUUUUUUUGUCAGAAUAGAGGUCAUUGACAGCUGAAGAUACGGCCUUUUUAACUGCAUUUAACGGUGCCUCUCCCACUCUAAAUCGAGAAUAUCCCUUCGGUUGUAAUAUACCUGCAUGGCCCAACAAAAUGUGCUUCACAUUUAGUAGUAGUUGUGUAGUUAUACGUAGUAACCACCGAAUUUUGUUCCAUCCUUAAAAAUAAACGAUAUGUUCGUUCUAUUUAUCGUACCAGUGUUAAUUAAUCUAAGUUUCGUUUUAAGUGAAGAAGAAUGUAAAUUUCCUAAUAAUACGUUAUGUGAAUUAACGAAGUGUUGUCCAUCCGGAUUAUCUUACAAUUUUAAAGAGCGACGAUGUUCGAAUUCGCUCAAUGAAACGGGCUUUAAAAAUUGCGAUGUUACAAGAAUGCAUUACGUUUCACAAGAAGAAUUAAUUGAUCUCGUUGAUGUUAAAAGCAAAGGAAUUAUUUUUAAUAAUCGUACUUUUAAUGAAUUCGACUACUGUUUAAGUGAUACUUCCGAAUCAAAUCACUACGUUUUAAAAUUGUGUUAUCCGAAAAGAUAUUGCACAGAAAUUGACGAUAAUAACAAAUUGGUUUGUUUAAAAAAGUGUUGUCCACAAGGUCAAGCUUUCAGUUACAAUAACAGUACGAGAAAGGGCGAGUGCACGAAUAUAAAUAAAGAAGAUAGAUAUUUUACAUCUUCAAUUAAACCGUAUAUUAAUGGUGAUUUUGAUGAUAUUGCAUUUAUUCAUAAUCAUAUGGAUUGCCCUAAAUACAUCGCUAAUCGUAAUGGCUCAAAUCAAUUUUAUUUUACUAAAAAUGGGAGUUUUUUCAUAUACGAAAAAGGAGGUUUAAAUCAAUACAAUUUAACACAACAAAAAUAUUGUUUAGAAACUUUUUCUAAUCGAACAGCGGUGAUUGUAUGUGCUUACUCGAACAUAAACCAAACCAAAUUUAAAUAUAGUAGACCUAUAAUGAUUUUUUCUUGUCUGUGUUUGUUUUUCGCUGUACUUCGAUUUAUGUUUUGUUUCAAAACUAUGAAACUCAUGAAAAGAAUGUUAGUAAGUUUUUGCGGUUUCCAAUUGAUCUCGUUUGGUAUUAUUACUUAUUUGCAAUUUGGGUUGUUAACUCCUAAUAAAGCAGGAUGUAAAUUUAUUGGUUUUUUGCAUUUAUUUACAACGUUAGGAACAUUUUUAUGGUCCAAUGUUAUAAGUUUUUCUGUUUGGAAAACUUUAAGAUCAAUGUCAUCAGCAGCUUACAAAGAAACCUCCGUAAACAAAAAGUUUUUAAUUUAUCACAUUUACGUUUACACUGUUGCCAUUACAACAACAUUAUUAUGUUUUCUCGAUCACACUUAUCACAUUUUCCCAAAUAAAUUUUAUCCCGUUUUGGGAAAAACUCGUUGCAUUUUAGAAAAUUCCUUUAAAGAUGUAAAUUAUGGUUACAUAAUUUAUUUUACGUUUCCAACAAGCGCUAUUCUAGUAAUAAAUAUGAUUUUUUUUGCUUACACCGUCGGAUAUUUCGUAAAUGUAAAGAUGGGUAUUCAAAGAACAGGAAGCGCUCGAAACGGAAUUCCAACGAAAUCCGUGGGUAUUUUUAAAAACGCUUUUAAAAUGGCUCUAAAACUAUUCGUACUUAUGGGUUGUACUUGGUUUUUUGAAAUUGUAUCAUCUUUAUACGAUUUUAGCCAAUCGUUUACAUUGCAAAGAGUUGAAGUUGUUUUAGAUACUGUAAACAGUUUACAAGGAUUUUUAUUAUUAGUGAUUCUUGAUCAUAAUAUGUUUGUAAGAUUAUUUCGAAUGGUUUGCAGAGAUAGAAGAAAACCACAAAUAACUUCUGCUUCAAUGGUUACUAUUUAAGUGUGUUAGUUUAUUUAAUUAUUUAGUAUUUAUUAAAUUAUUUAUUCUACACCAUCUAUUGAUUGCUUUAUAAGGAAGUACGUUACAAAAUCCUCUUUGUUAAAAAAAGUUUUUAGCUAUUACAAGAUAGAUGGAGCUAAGAAACAUAAUUUUAAAUUUGAACUUAAAACUUAUUAAUUCAUAAAAUAAAU